AUGGAAUCUACAGAGGAAGUACAGAAAAACGAACUCACCGCUCUGCAAUCCAUCUACGCCGAAGAUUUUCAACUAAUACCACCCUCGAAGGCCUGGAAAGUGAGUGGGUUGGGCGCAGCCAGUUUACCAGAAAUUUCUAUUCGAGUACGCCAUCCUGAGCGCGCGAAUAUUGGUUUUGGUUUAAAUGUCAAAUUUCCGAAAACGUAUCCUACCCUCACAUAUCCCAAUUUUACUGUACAGAAACCACGCGGUUUGGAUCAUGAUCAAAUAAUAAAGUUGACCCAUGCCCUCCAGAAUGAGGUCCGAGCAUCACCACGGACUGAAAUGGUAUUCCAGAUUGUCACAUUCUGCCAGGAAUGGCUGAGCGACAACGUCGCAGCGCCUGCAGAAGUUAUUGGGUCACUGGCAGUGCAGAUGAGACAGCGAGCAGCGGAAGAAGAGCGAGCCAGACAAGAAGAGGCGGAACGCGAGGCGAAGGAAAGGGAGCAACGACUAGACAGGUUGGCGCGAGAGUUUGAUGCGGACGUUCAAAAGCAGCAGCAGUUAGCUCGAGAGCAGCACCGAACCCGUCAACGUGCCAAUUCUGAGACUACCGAAGUCCCGUAUUCCGAUGACACCCCCACCGAAACGUUCGACGAGGACAUUGAAAUGAAUGGUGUUCAUUUCGAUACCGUCAAGUUCUUCCAUCCGCGAAAGAGUUGUCUAGGCACUAUCUACAGCGCAGAUCCCGUAUGCGAUGACACUAACACUACCCUCCCACUUGAACUCCACGUUAUCACUUUCGACUCCCACUAUUAUACGACAAACCAAGGCAGAAAAAAGGUCAAGCAAGUUGAAGAAGAAAUAAUCCGAUUAAAAUCUGUCCGCCACCCAAAUGUCGUCAGGGUAUUGGCUGUCAAAUUGAAUGCCCCACAUUCGAGCGGGGCCCCGCAGCUGGUCAUUUUGUCGGAACAGAGUCCAGCCCUUUCCCUGAAAGAUGUGUUGAGUGACUGUGACUGCCUUAGGGAAGACCGAGUUUCGGACUACAUUGUGCAAAUCCUCGCUGGACUUAAUGCUAUUCAUGUCUGUGACUUGGUGCAUCGAGGUAUCAAUGCGGCGUCUAUCGGUCUGGCCACACAAAGUUGUCCUUCACAAUCGAAGCUUAUCAAGCUCAGCGAAGUCGGAUAUCACACGCGACUACUAGACUUACAUCGAUCCAACGCCUUCGCUUGCGUGAAUCCUCCGGAAGAACGUAUCAUGCCAGAGGCUUGGUUAUCAAAGGACGCCAAGAACGAAUCGCUAUUGUUAUAUACCCGUCAACGGGAUAUACAUGCCGUUGGAGUCGUCCUUCUUCAGAUGCUUCUGGGCCUUGAUGUGACCGAGCGAUUUGCUGACGUCCAUACCGCCCUUCGGUCCUCAGCCAUACCACCGGCAUUUCAGAGUCAUGCGAUGAACAUGCUUGUCCCUCCUAAGAAGAGUCAUAUCAAUUGUUUGACCCUUUUGGCUGAUCUUGCUGAAUCAUCGCUGCAUCGAACGCGCCGAAGUCUUUCAAUAUCUAUGCCCGAGCCCAAAACGCCGCUGCAUGCAUCUGUUUCGGGGUCACCUGAAUUCGACUAUUUUAGAGGACCAACGUACCGUCAGGCUAGCCGUUGGAAAGAAGAUUGGGAAGAAUUGGAGCUUUUGGGAAGGGGAGCCUUCGGCUCUGUAGUCAAAGCUCGUAAUAGAAUCGAUAACCGUGUCUAUGCCGUCAAGAAAGUUCGCUUACGAACCUUACAAAGCGAUACAAAGAUUUUCCGCGAGGUGAACGCUCUCAGUCGGCUGAGCCACCGCUUCAUCGUGCGAUACUAUACUACCUGGGUCGAGACUGCCGAACCUACGUCGACUGGGGCGUCCGACGAGUCCGAGUCCGAGUCUGAUUCCUAUUCCCAGUCUAAUGGCACCGAAAACGGCAUGACCUCCGUUCCUUCGAGGAUCCAAUCGCGUGAGCCUAGUGGGCCGAUUAUAUUCAAUAUGGAUGAUCUCGACGACUUGGGUGGAACAUCGAAGGGGAGCUUCCCUAGUAUACAUUUCACGAGAUCGUCGGAAUCACAGGAGGAUACGGACAGUGAUAAUGAUACUCCGUUUGGGGGGCUGUUCAGGAAGGCGGGCGAUGAGGAUGGUGAAGGGUUGGGGACGUUGACGCCCACGUUGACUGUGCAGAGAACGUUAUAUAUCCAGAUGGAAUUUGUAGAGAGGCAGACUUUGAAAGAGAGAGUCGAUGAAGGUAUAUCAGAGUCCGAGGCGUGGCGGCUGUUUCAGCAAAUCGUAGACGCACUGGUGCAUAUGUCGACUCUUGGUAUCAUUCAUCGCGACAUCAAACUGACUAAUAUCUUUAUCGAUGCGAAAGGCGACUGCAAGGUUGGUGACUUCGGUUUAGCCACGUCUAGUCUCGCGGCAGUGGAUCCGUCAGAUGUUUCACCGCGGAUUGCUGCACAAGAAACCGAUAUGACAUUAGAAGUCGGCACGCGCCUAUAUAUUGCUCCGGAAGUCCAGUCGCGUCGAAGGAGGCCGACUAAUCAUACCAAGGCUGAUAUGUACAGUCUAGGGGUCGUAUUCUUCGAGAUGAACUACUUCUUCACCACGGGCUCCGAACGUAUUAGUGUCAUUGAGGCGUUGAGGCGUCCCGAAAUCAUCUUUCCGGAUUCGUGGGAUUCUUUGAGGUUACCUCAGCGUGAAAUUAUAACCUGGUUGUUACAGCAUGAGCCAGACGAUCGGCCUACAGCAUUGGAAUUAUCGCAAAGCCCAUUAUUACCCUCGAGACUCGAAGACGAAUACUUCAAGGGUGCGCUGAAGAUGAUGACAAAGCCAGAUUCUCCGCAUCAUCAAGCCGUCCUAGCUUCCUUGUUUCAGCAGCCUCCCCGACCGGUUCGAAGCUUUCUAUACGAUCAUGAAGCUGAGCUGCCAGAACACGCCUCGCUUAACGGGAUGGUUCAAGAUCACCUCACUGCAAUAUUUAGGCUACGCGGGGCGGUUGAUAUGGAACCUCCAUUAUUGAUGCCGAUUACAUCACCGGAGGACGACAAAGACCAUGCGGUCUUUAUUGACCGACACGGAGAUAUUGUGAAGCUGCCAUCUAGUCUUCUCGUUACGUUUGCAAGACUUGCGGCUCGCGGAGGUAUCACAAGGAUCAAACGUUUCCAUAUCGCCGAUGUGUAUCGCCCCCAAGCGGUAGCUGGACAUCCAAGACCUCAUAAAGCGGCUGUGUUUGACAUCAUUACGCCUGAUCUGAUGUCAGGACCUGUGGCUGCAGGAGCUGAAAUCCUUGCUGUUGCGAAUAAUUGCCUCGACACUUUCCCUAAUCUUGCACAGAUGUAUGAGAUUCAUGUUUCUCAUUCGAACAUUGUCGAUGCGGUCUUGGGCCGCUUACCUGCUGAGCAUAAGAGCACGAUUGUUGAAAUCCUCAAUCAGCCAAAGUCAUCGACGUUUCAGAAGAGGGCACUGUUCUUGAAGAAGGGACUUCUGAGAAGCAUUGCCGAUGAACUGGAAGUUCUCAGCGAUACGUACGAGGAUGUGGAACCGCUUCUUAUGAGGCUUGAUAAGCUCUCAUCGCCUCUCCUGGACAUGAUACGGCCAGCAAUCGAAGAAACCAAGAGGGUUGUGAAGACCGCUUCUCUCGCCGGUGUUUCGAGGCCGGUCAAGUUCUAUCCGUUGAUGGUGGGAAACCAUCUCAAGGACUUCAAGCACGGCAUUCUUGUAGAGGUUGUCAGACGAAGCAGGCGUAUUGAACUUCUCGCAGCGGGUGGAAGAUACGACAACCUGAUCACGAAAUUCUCCCCUCCCAAACCUACCGCAGAGUCGAUUUAUGCCGUUGGACUCCAGAUCGCUAUUGACAAGAUCACUGCGGCUGUGGCAUCGUUCCAAAGCUCCUCUGCCAAGUCUCUGCUCAAGGAGGCCAAGUCUUUUGGAUACUGGAGUCCACGACGAUGUGAUGUGUAUGUGAUCUCUUAUCAUCCUGGAUAUCUUCAGGAUCGAUUGGGGCUUGCAUCGUAUCUGUGGAGACAUAAUAUCAGCGCGGAUAUUAUGUACGAAUCCGCCAUCACGAAUGUCGAGACAAGUGUCACAGAUACUUGCAAACGGGAAGGUAUACUGUUCACUGUUAACCCAAGACCAAAGAGAGAUCAGACCACUGGCGUCAAGGUCACGGCGAUCUUUGGCAAUUAUAGCGAUGAAGACACAUUGAUACCUCGCCAGGAGCUCGUCGCGCAUCUGCAAGAAGUUAUUGCUGCCCAGAAGCGCGCAGAUUUGGCAACGAGUGGAGCGACGACGUUCUUUGAAGGAAAGAACCUUUUGGCGAACAAAGAGACUACAACGUUGGACCUUCAGACUGUACUACCAGCCGAGACUGUGAAGAAGGGACUACGACGAAACAAACUUAUCGUUCAGGACAAAGCUCAUGAACUCGGAACGAAGAUUCACCGAGCGUUUACGAGCAACAUGCCCAUGCUCGUAGUUGACAUACCACCUGCCAUGCUCGUCACGCUUACGAGGACCAAUACGUGGAUUACCAGCGACGAGGCAUGGAAAUUAAUUUCUCCGGGGUUCAACAGCCAUGUUUAUGCUCAACAAGUACGCGACGCUGUUGCGAAGCGAAAGGAGGAUGGAUUUCCGUUCAUACUUUUGUAUGCAGCACGCGAAGAACGGGCUUUACUUCUUCAACUGCGCUAGUUCCUUUCUGAUUUCAGUAUCAUCAUCACCGUAUUGCUCGACGUGGUCCGCCGUGGCCUCGUUAUAUAUAUCCUAUACACCCACAUCAUUUUCUUGGGACUUUAUGUAGUCGAAGUAGAAAUUGUAGUAUAAUAUGCGUUUGUAUAUAUCCAUCAAGCCCAACCUAUUUUAUAAUAUGCAUACUCC